AUGUCGUCGUUUUUUUCAAACUUCAACGCCCAUACCAUCAAGUCGACUAGAGGGUUUAAGCUUAAGCCUGGCUCUCCCAUCUCGAGCCCACAGCCGGUUUCUAGCUCUGCCCUUCCCUCCACACCAAAGGGAAACUUCUACGACAAGCCUUCUUUGCAGCUUGAUCAGAAUGAUGCAAACCCUUACCAGACCAUGAACGUGUCGUCUGGUUUGUCAUCACAGCCAGUGACAUCUCAUAAAGAUAUCAGAUCUUAUGCUGAACAAACCUUGGGUUCAGAUAAUGCUUUGAUCCAGGCGGUGAAGCUUCCCCAGGACGAGGAUGUUAAUGAGUGGCUUGCUGUACAUGUUGUUGACUUCUACAACCAGAUAAAUAUGCUUUACGGUACUAUUACUGAGUUCUGUUCCCCACAAACAUGCCCUCGUAUGAUUGCUACAGAGGAAUACGAAUACUUGUGGCAAGAAACAAAUGCUACCAGCAGUGGUAAUGUUGCUCCUAAGAAGCCAGUGUCUUUGCCAGCUUGUGAGUAUGUGGAGAACCUUAUGAACUGGAUCCAGAACUUCUUUGAUAAUGAUAACAUCUUCCCUUCCAAGAUUGGUGCUCCUUUCCCACAACAGUUCCCAAAUUUGGUGAAGACGAUAUUCAAGAGGCUUUUGAGAAUCUAUGCUCAUAUUUACUGCCAUCAUUUCCAUGAGAUCUCGGAGUUGGGUUUGCAGAGCCACUUGAACACCAGUUUGAAGCACUACGUUCUUUUCAGUAACGAGUUUGAUUUGAUAAGCAGACGUGAUUAUGGUCCGCUUGAGGAUUUGAUUAAUACUAUGUUGAAGUCGUGA